AUGGCGCGCCGUAGAGUCAAGCAGAUAUCAGAUCUGAAACGACAAGUUGAUGAUGUAGAAGCCAGGAUCUCAAGCUCCGAGACCGUAGAGAUUCUCCGAAUUGACGCGAAGGAACGGUUGAGAUUGAACGAAAGUUUGAUGUCUUUGCUUCUGAAGUUGGAUUCUGUCCACGGAACUGUUCCUGGUGUUAGGGAUUGCAGGAAGGCUGUGAUUAAGAAGGCGAUAGCAUUGCAGGAGAAAAUUGAUGCCAUUGUCACUGCAACCGAUGAUGAAACCAUAGAAAGGAAGCAUUCGAUCGAAAAAGAAACUGUCAGAGAUGAUUCCAUUGGAGGGAACUGCAAUCGUGAUUAUGAUUGCAGGAAAUCAUCGGAAUCCACUGUUCCGUUUGUUGAACAUGAGAGAUUAAGUAAGGGUGGGGAGGAGGAAGGAGAUUGUAAUAAAGAAGAAGAAGAAGAAGAGGCGGAGAUGAAGAAGUGGGGGAGGAAAAUGGUGAUGGAGAAAUUGUUAGAGAGCAACGAGAUACAGAUGAGGAUGAUUAGAUCACUGACAGAGAGAAUAGAGCAGCUUGAGAAGGCUUUGGUGUGGGAGAAGCUGAAGAAGAAACAGAUGAUGAAGAAGAAGAAGAAGAUGAGGCACUUCAUAGUCGGAGAAGGCGACAGAUGGGAACUGAGAAACUAUUGA